ACCCCUUGGUUUAACUGCCGUUGGGUAGAUAUGAUGUCUGUCAAUAGCCCUGAACUGCCUGACUUGACGUUCAAUAAACCCUUGCUCUAGUCGAGGAUAUUAACGUUUAUUUCAUAGCUACACUCGUUUAUCAUUUCUCAACAAUAGGCAAUGGGAAGUUAGCAGGAAAAUUUGAAGUUCCGGGACCUGACGUUUAUUUAUCGAGUGAAACAGAUGUUGUUUUCUGUGGAAAUGGGCUCGACAAACUCCACCCUGUCAAAAAUUCCAAACGUCGAAGAAUUAAUGCAAGAAACGGGUUGUAAGUUCUCCGAUGGCCACCCCUGCACACAUUGUUCGACUUUAUGACCGUUUCGAAGCAUUGGACAAGGAGAAGACCGGCCUUCUCCGCCCACAGGACUUUGGAGCCAUUAAUGGGUUGGCGAUGAACCCCAUUGGGGAUCGGAUCAUUGGGUCUUUCUUCUCUCCAGGACAGGAAACGGUGGACUUCCACUCCUUUGUGAGGAUCCUGGCCCACUUCCGGCCUGAGGACAAAAAACGUCCCAAAGAUCCCAGUAUGCCUGAACCUGUCAACAGUAGGACCAGUAAAAUCAAGUUUGCUUUCCAACUAUAUGACCAGGACAAGGAUGGCAAAAUCUCCAGAGCAGAGCUUCUACAGGUGCUGCGGUCCAUGCUGGGGAUGCAGGUGACGGAGGAGCAGCUAGAGAGCAUUGCCGACCGCACCAUCCAGGAGGCUGAUCUGGACAAGGAUGAUGCCAUCUCCUUUGAGGAGUUCCGCAAGUCCCUGGAGAAGGUAAACAUCGACCACAAGAUGAGCAUUCGCUUCCUGCGCUAGCUAGAGUGGUUGCAUUGGGUCAACUGACCGUUCACAGAGAUGUAGCCCACUUUGUGUCUACUCAUCCCUCCAUGGUAAAAACAAGGCAUCUGCAGGGAAAUAUUACUAUAUUACUGAUUCUUUUAUCUGGAUGACUAACACUAAAUACCUUAAAUGACUGACUAAUAUGCUGUAUCUUAAUAUGUUUACUGUAUACUGGAGCAUGGGGAUCAUGUUCCAAAGUAUAACUGCACUAUAGGCCUAAUGUAUAAUUACAUAGUAACUGCUUUUAUAUAAUACAGUAAAAUAUAAUUUAAUAAUUUGUUGUUGUUGCAGAACCCACAUUUUAAAUUGUGUUCAUUUUUACAAGGGCAAACAUAAGCUAUUAUGAAGGGAAACUGAUACUUGAAGGUCACUCUUCCUUGUAAGACUUGACUGUAAUACGUCUCUAGAUGUAGCAGUCGUUGUCCAAUUACACUGAACAUUAGAACUAUACAUAUGUCUAUGAAAGUGAUACAAUAUUUCUACAAAUAAAUAUUUUGGUAAAUGA